AUGAGUAACCAAACUUCAUUCACAACAGGCAGAUCGAUUGCUGAUCCCAACUACGCCCAGGUGGCGCUCUUUGACAGUCACUCCAAGCCACGUGAGGAAAGGGACUUCAAAGAAAUAUACCCCGAUCUUGACGAAGGCAUCCAGCUCAACAUGUUUGUAUUGAAUAAUGACGCGGAGGAUGACAAUGACAUCGACAUGGUUAAUCCUGGUCCUGUAAUUAUGUCCGAAUUAAAGCAACCCGUGUUCAAUAAGAUAGAUGAUGGAGCGGGUGACGCAAAUCGUUUAAAUGUCAAAUUUAGUAAGUCUAUAACAGCGUAUGGCUUCCAGGAACAAAAUAGAGUAAUUAGUAAAACUAUCCAAGACACAUAUAUUCGUCCGUUCCAGUUGCCUGGUUCAAACGAAAAUGGUUCCGAUGAUGUUUCCAUAAUUGGAAGAAUUUUGGAAAGAAAACGAAACGCCGUAGAAUAUGAUAUGGACGAACAGGAUUGUUUGUUCUUGAGUUAUAGAAACCAACAACCCAACAAUGUAAUCAAAAUAACUCCAGAAGUGUUUGAAAUUAUGAUAACGACAUUAGAAAAUGAAUGGGACAAACUAGAACACCAAAUGAAUUCGAUAAUAAAUAAUAAUGGCAGUCUGGAAAGAGCCUAUGAUGGCUCUACGACGUUUCUUCUGUUGGACCGAGAUGAUAUUGAGAAAUACGGAACCGACGACGGCAUAAUUCCAGGUUCUAUAUAUGAUCAAAGGUGUGCCGUAUGCAAUGAUAGUGAUUGUGACAAUUCGAAUGCUAUUGUUUUUUGUGAUGGUUGCGAUAUAGCUGUACACCAAGAGUGUUAUGGAAUAGCAUUUAUUCCUGAAGGGCAAUGGCUUUGCCGAAAAUGUAUGAUAAACAAGAACCGUAAAACGGAUUGCGUUUUUUGUCCGAGUAAAACGGGUGCAUUUAAGCAACUUGAUAAUAGUUUGUGGAGCCAUGUCAUUUGUGCUUUAUGGAUUAAUGAAUUAUAUUUCGCCAAUCCGAUUUACAUGGAACCUAUUGAAGGCAUAGAUUUAAUUCCGAAAAGCCGUUGGAAAUUGGUUUGCUAUAUUUGUAAACAGAGGAUUGGUGCUUGCAUCCAAUGUACUAACCGAAACUGCUUCCAGGCAUAUCAUGUCACAUGUGCUAGAAGAGCUGGUCUCUACAUGGAAAUGACUAUGGGAAUGCAAGGUGCUAUUAGCAACAAGAUGACAUUGAGGACUUUUUGUGACAAGCACAGUCCGCCAAGUUGGAAUGCAGAAGAUAUUCCCAGGGGCAUUCAACGGACUAGGUUGUUCUAUCGUGAUACGAAUAUUCUAAAUGAAAGAAAUGCCAAACUCAGUAGCUAUCAAAAGACUGCCAACAAACUUAAUAUAUUCAAAUGGAAAACAGAAAAUAAUACUCCAAUUGCCCCCAAGGUUUUUAGUGAUGUUUUGUUUAAUAUUUUGCAAGCAUUAAAAGUUGAAAAUCAAGUUUCCUUAGAAGAAAAUAAUCAAUUGAAAGACUUGAAUGUCUUGCCUAAUCGAUCUCGUGAAGAUAUUUGGGCGGACAUGAGAAGUAUCAGCAAUGAAAUUUGCCGCUAUUGGUGUUUAAAAAGAGAACUGAAAAAGGGAGCUCCAUUAAUAAGAAAGAAUAACAAUUUCGUUUCCACGAGCUCCAUUUUAUAUAACGCUAAUGGAUCUGAUACUAGAAGUGACGGAGAUUAUUAUGAACAAAUUGACGAAAUUAAAGGACGGAUAGAUUUUGCAGAAGUUUUGGUCAGAGAUUUAGAUAAGGUGAUUGAUAUGAAUAAGGAUUCAUUAUCGAGACAAGUCUAUUCACGAGAAGUGCAUAACUUAGAAUUUGAAUCAAUUGAUGCUGUUUAUUUUCCUAUCAAGAAAGUCAUCGAAAAUUGUUUGAAUACUUUAAAUGAAAAAUUCGAUGCUAAUAGAAUUAUUCAAGGAUAUCAAGUCAAGGUGGAAAAUGAAAAUGAAAAUAGAAGGAAAUUUGGUGAUUUACCUGUGCAAAUAUCUGAACAAGAUAAUAAAAAUGGUGAGGGGGUGCUGGAUUUUCUACAGCGGGAUUUUACUGACAUGUUACCGCGACCACUUACAUUGUCUCAAAUAAUUUCAAAAAACGCAAAGUACGGUUAUUUCACAAUAGAGGAGUUCAAUAAAGAUCUUCAGAAAUUUAGUGAAAUUGUUCUUCAACGAAGUAAAUCAUCAAACAAUAUUCACAGGCUAAUGAAGAGAUGGAUGAAAGAGUAUUACAAGAUACUUCCAGAGAUGUUUUCCUUUGAAAACAAGGUUAAAAGGGAAUUAAAUAAUAACGAGAAAAUAUUGACAAGUAAUUAUUUUAGUUCCCCUUCCCUUGGCGUGCAUGGGAGUGAGAUUAUGUUUAAAUCAUAUGAUGUCAAAGAAUUAUUGGACGAGAAUGACUUGAGUGAAGUGGAAAAUGAUAUGAACGAUGCAAAUCAACAUGAGCUACAUAGAUUUUUAAAUGGUUGA